AUGGGACAAGAUUGUGUUGUUGCUGAUGGAGUUGCUGCUGCUGGUGAUCAUCAAUCUGAUAACGGUGAAACUAUUGCAAAUGAUGAAGUCACUUCCGGUGAUGAAAUAGAUAAUAAUAUCAACGAGAUUAAUAGGAACAUUACUGAAGACCGCGUUGAAUUAAAUGCUAACAGUGAAAGGGUAGAACUGAUUCCUGGAUCUAAUGUCUUUUUAGAGAAAAUAAUUUUGCAAGAAAUUAUGGAAGAUUAUCGUGAUAAACCGAAAGAGAUUGUACGAAGAUUGUUAAUCAAUAUUGUUGGGAAAGGCAAUUUAAAAGAAAUGACCAGAGUAGGAAGAAAGCAGAGAAAAGCUAUUCCACAGAAUGUGCUUGAGACAAUAGAGAAUUCAAUGGCUGAUGAAAAGAACUCGAAGGGAGAUGGAGCGCCCAAGGACGAUUCUCCCUCUCUCCCAAUCACUCCGAAUGUCAUCAUCACCGGAAGUGAUGAGCACUCGACCACGCCAACUGGGAUAACACCAAAACCACCAGGUAAUCCCAGCGACUCCGACAUCACUGAUGCGGAGACUCGCAAGGCACUCGACACUCAAGAUCCCAAGAAGCCACUCACCGCUGCGGCAGGUGCAGCAUCACUCAAGGCUCGACUCGACGUACUCACCCAGGAGUGGCAGGAAUUCUCCGUUAUCCACGACUACCUGGCAGCCAACGCAACGGAGGAUUUCCUCCAACACUCGUACAUCAAAGAUGGCAUCUUUGAUGUAACAUACCGGUCUUACCUGGGAGCUCGCACUCGCCUAUCUACACUCAUCCACGAACUCGACACUCCAGCUCAACCAACUCAAGCUCAGAACUCGACUCAACGCUCACAGAGCAGCGUCAAUCUCGCUCCACUCAACAUCACUCCAUUCUCUGGCGACUAUGCCAAGUGGCCAGAGUUCAGGGACAUGUUUAAGUCCGUGGUAAUCAAUCGUGCUGGCCUGGAGGACGUCGAACGUCUUCAUUACCUGAAGACAUACCUUACAGGUCAAGCAGCUCAAGCAAUCGCCAACACACCCAUGUGCAACGAGAGCUUCUCACUCGCCUGGGGUGCCAUUUGUAAACGGUAUGAUGUACCUCGCUUACUCAUCGGUGCUCAGCUCGACAAGCUGGUCAAUCUUCCAGCACUCACCUCGCGCUCGUCAAAACAACUUUACUCGCUGAUUGAUCAGACCCACGAGGCGAUCAAUGCGCUCUUGGCUCAAAAGGUCAAUCUCCAGGAUGGGGACUGCUACCUGCUCACUCACAUCAUCAUCUCAAAACUCGACCGCUCAACUCGUGAGGCUUGGGAACUAUCAUUGGGAGCCUCUGUUGAAUUCCCAAAACUCAACCGGCUACGUCAAUUCCUGACAGAGCGUGCUCGUGCUCAAGAACGCUACGAGGAAAGUACCUCAAAGGCUGGUGAUCAUCAGAAAUCCAGUCACUCGAACUCGCACUCAAGCUCCAAAGGCCAUAAGACCUCCUAUGCUCAUAUGGCAACAUCCUCGGCUCCAAAAUCGGCUGGAGCAUCAACACCAGCAAGCGCUCAACCCAAAGCGGUGGCUAAAGCACAGUAUCCGUGCGACCUGUGCCAAGGUGAUCACUACCUGGUCAGAUGUGACCAGUUUGGCAAAAUGACUCCACCACAACGAACUCAGCUGGUGAUCCAAGCCAAACUGUCUUGGACACCACCGAGUCGAGUCAUGCAACUCACCAUUCCGUUGCAGACACUCGACACGCACUCGCACUCGCCUACUACAAGCUCACCGCACUCAAACAACACUCUUGCCCACACUCAAGCUCAAAAUACUCAUGAUCGCAGCACUCGUACUCAUCACUCGCCCACUCAGAACUCAACAACUGGUUGUACUCAAACUCAUCAUUACGCUACGUUACUAGCAACUUGUCAAGUCUACGUAGUGACCAAGUUAAGUACUCACCCAAUACGCAUUCUCUUAGAUACCGGUUCUGAGAUAUCCUUUGUUUCAGAUUCAUUGAUAAGAAUGCUCAAUAUUUCUCGUGCUCGAUCACACCUUACUAUCCUAGGGAUCGGUGCAGCCAAGGCUGGCCAUACCAGAGGGUGUGCAACUCUCACUCUGCGUUCAUACCACUCGGAUCAAUCACUCACGAUAAAGGCUCACAUCCUCAGUGGUUUAACUGCUAAAUUACCAUCUGACCAAGUCCAAAACACCGACUUGGCACAGUACUCGCAUCUCACGCUCGCAGAUCCAGAGUUUGGAACCCCAGGUCCAACGGAUGUCAUCCUUGGAGCUGACUACUGCGGCCAAGUCAUCACUGGCGAGAUCAUCAAGUGCAAAUCUCCUGGAUUACUCGCUCAAAACACUAUCUUUGGCUGGAUUAUCAUUGGUCCAGUCCAAGCUCGGCUCAACAAACCACUGAGAAUUCAUCAUGCUGUCUCCAAUCAUCAUGAUCAAGAUCUUCAAGACUUACUAACUCGAUUCUGGCUCCAAGAAGAGGUCAGUCCAACUCAACUACGCUCAUUAACUCCCGAAGAAGAGGCUUGUGAAGCUCACUUCCGGGACACUCACACUCGAGACAGUUCUGGCAGAUACAUCGUCAGACUGCCAUUGAUAUCAGACCCGCAGCAUCUGGGGAACUCAUAUACAGCAGCUCGUCGCUGCUUACAACGACUCAUGCGACGUCUUGAUCAUGAUGCUCGGCUCAAAACACUCUACAUGAAUUUCAUGGCAGAAUAUCUCGAACUCAAGCAUAUGGUGCCUGCGGCAUUAUCUACAUCAUCAAUUCAAUACUUCCUACCCCACCAUGGGGUACUGAAAGAAGACAACAACAACUUCAAGAUCCGUGUGGUCUUCAACGGCUCAAAACCAACCAGUUCAGGACUAUCACUCAACGACAUCAUGCAUACCGGGCCAAAAUUACUCGUUAACAUCUUCGACGUACUCAUCAGCUCACGACAACACCGGUUCAUCUUUAUCACAGAUGUUACCAAAAUGUAUCGACAGAUUUUGGUUCACGAAAAGGACCAAGGUCUGCAACAAAUACUCUGGUUUGAUAAGGAAGGAAACAUCAUCCCCUUCAAACUUACCACAGUUACUUAUGGGACGAAAUCAGCUCCAUUUCUCGCUGUUCGAGCCCUGCUUCAAUUAGUCGAAGAUGAAGGACAUCGAUUCCCACUCGCAAUCGAUCCACUCACAAAAGGACGGUAUGUCGACGACAUUUCCGGAGGCGCAGAUGAUCUCGAGUCACUGCAAGCAGUUGCAGAUGAUAUCGAGGGUCUGUGCAAGGCGGGCGGAUUCCCACUCGCCAAAUGGGCAAGCAAUCACCGCAAACUACUUCAGCUCAAUCGUGCGGAAGCGAUUACAAAAUACAAAAUAGAGGAUCCAGAAGUCAGCACCAUAAUUCUUGGGAUGUACUGGUCUUCAAACAAGGAUCAAUUCUCGUUCAAACACUCGCCACCAUGCUCAACUCAACCAUGCACAAAGCCUGCCAUUUUAUCAGAGAUUGCUCAGAUCUUUGAUCCACUGGGAUUCUUAUCACCACUCAUAAUUCAAGCCAAAAUGUUCAUGCAGGAACUUUGGCUUGUAAAACUCGGCUGGGACACUCCAUUGUCUGCAGAAUUACGACAGAAAUGGACUUCAUUCAAAACUCAACUCGAUAUGAUUCAUAUCGUCAAGAUUCCCAGAUGGAUCCACUCGUCCACGAACUCGGCUCUAGAAAUCCAUGGAUUCUCCGAUGCCUCGCAAUUGGCGAUGGCUGCGGCAGUAUUUAUCAAGGUCCUACCGACAACUCGAACUCAGAGGGCAAAGGUUACGCUGCUUUGCUCUAAAACCAAGGUGGCACCGUUGAAACCCCUAACGAUUCCACGCUUGGAACUCACUGCGGCUCACAUGUUGGCAAAACUCGUCAAACACUGCCAGACUACACUCAACUACUCGCAUGUGCCAACAUAUCUUUGGACCGAUUCAUCAAUCACGCUCACGUGGAUACACUCGCACCCGUCUCGCUGGAAAGACUUUGUCAGGAAUAGGGUGUCAUUUAUUCAAGAACUAAUUCCAGAUGGCCACUGGAAGUUUGUCCCUGGCACUGACAAUCCAGCAGAUUGUGCAACUCGAGGCUUGACAACCAGUCAGCUUAAAACUCAUCAACUAUGGUGGUCUGGCCCAUCAUGGUUGCUCGAAGACUCGCCGUCCUGGCCAACCAGUCCUAUUCAUAAAGAUGCAGAUACUCACCUGGAAGAACGUCCAGUCAAAUCACUCUAUGUUUCGGCUCAACCACUCAACUCGUCUUGGACGCUAAUGGAACGUCCAAUCCCACUAUUGCGUAUGCUCAGAGUUACAGCAAUCUGUGGGAGGGUACGCGAUAUAAUCAAACGCAUACCACACUCGACUCUCGCUCGUCCACUCACAUCAACUGAAAUCAACUGCGCACUCCAGUUCUGCAUCAAGGAAACUCAACGUAUUCAUUUCUAUUCUGAACUCCAAUUACUCGCAAAACAGGCAUCAUGGCCCAAGGAUCACCCAUUUGCUCGGUUGGUGGCUUAUCAAGACACCGAUGGCAUCAUCCGAGUAGGGGGGAGAUUGGAAAAUGCUCCAAACUCAGAUCAACAGAAGCAUCCUGCAAUUCUACCUCGUGAUGCUGCUCUAACUCGACUUGUCAUCUCUGAUGCCCAUCAGCGUACCAUGCAUGGUGGUACUCAACUCACACUCGCUCAUACUCGACUCCGAUACUGGAUCAUUGGUGGACGUCAACCAGUACGUUCACACAUACUCAAAUGUCUCGUCUGUGCUCGUCAUCGAGGUGUUCGCGCUCAGCAAUUAAUGGGACAACUCCCAACUCAACGUGUCACUCCAGCGCCACCAUUUUCUCACACUGGAGUUGAUUACGCUGGUCCAGUAUCAAUAAAAUCAUGGAAAGGUCGAGGAUCCAGGAUAUACAAGGGCUGGAUCUGUGUGUUUGUCUGCCUGACCACAUCAGCAGUUCACGUCGACCUUGUCAGCGACUACUCAUCAUCAGGAUUCAUAGCAGCUCUCCGACGGUUUAUUCACCGUCGAGGGGUAUGUACAGCACUCUACAGCGACUGUGGAACGACAUUCCAAGGCGCGUACUCGGAACUCAAGCGGCUCUUCACUCAAGGCACUCAAGAAUCUCAUGCUCUACUCGAUUGGGCCACUGUGCAUCAAAUCACAUGGCAUUUCAAUCCUCCUGCUGCUCCCCAUAUGGGUGGUAAAUGGGAAGCCGCAGUGAAAUCGGUGAAACAUCACCUAACUAGCACACUCGGAGAAUCAGCCUUCACGUUUGAAGAACUUACGACUCUUUUAACGCAAGUGGAGGGGAUUUUGAACUCGAGACCAUUGGAGGCUCUAUCCGACGAUCCUCAGGAUCCUUCAUCGCUCACUCCAGGUCAUUUUCUCAUUGGGAGACCAAUCGUUGCAAUCCCUGAACCUUCACUCAUGGAUACAGAAGUAUCAAGACUCUCUCGCUGGCAGUUCAUUCAGCAACGUGUCCAGCAUUUUUGGAAUCACUGGUCCACCAGUUACAUUCAACGUCAUCUGGCUCGAACCAAGUGGCAUCAUGCUCGCAAUGACAUCAAACUCGGCUCACUAGUCCUUCUCACUGAUGAACGAACUCCACCAACUCGAUGGCCACUCGCGAAAGUGACUGCACUCCAUCAAGGGAAGGACAACCUCACUCGAGUGGUAACCAUUCAAACAGCCACUGGUACUCUCACUCGUCCAAUUGCCAAGCUCGCACUCUUACCACUUGCUCCAGAACCAGAUGCCUAA